AGAGGGGGGGGCUGUGAGGUUGUUUGCUCUCCACAUGUUGUCUGAGGUGCAGCAGGUACAGCAGUGUGUGUGCGAUUUAAGCGUAAAGAAGAAGAAGAAGUUCUAAAAACAGUGUUUUGCUGCGUUUCCCUCUUCCUGCAUCUUCAGGUACUGGAAGAGAUCUCCUGCUACCCAGAGAACCACGAAGCUAAAGAACUCAGACGGAUACUGACGCAGCCUCAUUUCAUGGCUUUGUUGCAGGCCCACGACGUGGUGGCCCACGAGGUCUACAGCGACGAGGCUCUGAGGGUGACCCCUCCGCCCACCUCGCCCUACCUGAACGGAGAGUCCCCGGACAGCACUAACGGGGACAUGGACCUGGAGAACGUCACCAGAGUCCGCCUGGUCCAGUUCCAGAAGAACACAGACGAGCCGAUGGGUAUCACGCUGAAGAUGAACGAGUCUAACCACUGCAUCGUUGCGAGGAUAAUGCACGGGGGAAUGAUCCACAGACAAGGAACGUUGCAUGUAGGAGACGAGAUCAGGGAGAUCAACAGCAUCAGUGUGGCCAACCAGACUGUUGAGCAGCUGCAGAGGAUGCUGAGGGAGAUGCGAGGCAGCAUCACCUUCAAAAUAGUGCCAAGUUACCGGACCAUGGGCUCCCCGUGUGAGAAAGAGUCCCCCACCACCUCCAGGCAGUCCCCUGCCAAUGGCCACUCCAGCAUUAACAGUUCUAUCUUGGACCUGCCCUCCACCAUCCAGCCGAAGGGUCGCCAGAUUGUAUCCAGACCUCCAAUCAAGGACAAAAUGUCUGUUAAGAUCUACGUCAGGGCUCAGUUUGAAUAUGACCCGUCCAAAGACGAACUCAUCCCCUGCAAGGAGGCCGGCAUCCGCUUCCAGGUGGGCGACAUCAUCCAGAUCAUCUCCAAGGACGACCACAACUGGUGGCAAGGAAAACUGGAGAACACAAAAAACGCCACGGCAGGACUCAUCCCGUCGCCCGAGCUGCAGGAGUGGCGAGUGGCGUGUAUAGCUAUGGAGAAGACCAAGCAGGAGCAGCAGGCCAGCUGCACCUGGUUUGGCAAGAAGAAGAAGCAGUACAAAGACAAGUAUCUGGCAAAGCACAACGCAGUGUUCGACCAACUAGACCUGGUCACGUAUGAAGAGGUCGUGAAGCUUCCUGCUUUCAAGAGGAAAACACUAGUUUUGUUAGGGGCCCAUGGCGUGGGCAGGAGACACAUCAAGAACACACUCAUCACCAAACACCCCGACAGAUUCGCCUACCCCAUCCCACACACAACCAGACCUCCAAAGAAGGAUGAGGAGAACGGGAAGAACUACUUCUUUGUCUCCCACGACCAGAUGAUGCAGGACAUCAGCAACAACGAGUACCUGGAGUACGGCAGCCACGAGGACGCCAUGUACGGGACGCGGCUGGAGACCAUCCGCAAGAUCCACCAACUGGGACACAUAGCUAUACUGGACGUUGAACCUCAGGCUCUGAAGGUCCUGCGGACAGCAGAGUUUGCUCCUUACGUCGUCUUUAUUGCUGCACCAACGAUCACGCCAGGCAUCAAUGAGGACGAGUCUCUCCAGCGGCUGCAGAAGGAGUCGGAGAUCCUGCAGAAGACCUACGCUCACUACUUCGACCAAACCAUCAUCAACAACGAGAUCGAUGAGACCAUCAGGCACCUGGAGGAGGCCAUCGAUCUGGUGUGCACCACCAGCCAGUGGGUGCCCGUGUCCUGGGUCUACUGACCACCUGCUCCCCUCCCAGCAGCGACACCUCAGCCAAACUCCCAUCAUUCCCUCUACAAAAAUAGGAAUACAUAAAAAAAAAACUAUUAGCAAAAACUGAGGGGAAACUUCUCUCUACACUGCACUUGAUUGAGAAACAAAACCUUCAGCGUACUGUGAAAGCCACCACAGCAUUCAACCUCCUGAGCGCUGCACAAACUACCUGCGGCGGUUAAUUAUCGGACUCUUGCCCUGGCAGACGACCUAGUCAUAGUGUUGUAUAAAAACAGAGUUUAAACAAAAGUGAAUAUUGUCAUGUCUGUAAUAGCUAGGAGGCAACAUUUCUGUAGAUGUUUGUUUUAAAGAGACAGUACUGUGUCCCGUCCUCCCAUCACAUUGUAGUCCUGUUGGGUGUUGUAGUACUAAACCAUCUGUACAAAGACUGCCAGUGGGUAUUCUGUCUAUCAGCAGACUGAAGUAAAAGCACACAAACACAC